GUUUUCCCUUCAGGCCAUGUGUGCGAUAAUGGAUAUGAAAGAACGGGGCUUAAGUUUGUACUGAUACCGAGUCAGUAAAGGCUCAGUUGUGAAAAUGUAAAACUAGCAGAGUUAAAUGAACUUGAGAAGGCAAGUUUAACAAACUCAAGAUAUUAAGUUAACAAAUCCCACAGUCAGAUAUUGAAGACAUUUUGACCAAAGACAAUCUGUGAGGCUGCUGCUGGUUACAGUGAGAUAAAAUCAGCCUAAAAACUUGGGUUUAUGCUGCCAGUCAUUAAGUAAUUAAAAAUACAUUUGGAAAAUCUGAUUUCUCUGACUGGGUUUGGUUGGUUGAACAUAACUUCUCUAGAAGUUGUCCCAACAGAAACAGAUUGAUGAAUGCUGCUGUUUUUUUAGAGCGUACUGGACUCUACACUAGCCAUGUCAUACCAGAAAUGACCUGUAGAUGGCAGCAGUACGCCUCUACUGCAUCCAGCUGAUCUGGGAAACGGAGAUUCGAAUCCUUCGUCUUCCCGCCGUUUGGUGACUGCAGCAGCGAUCGGAUUCCACGAAGAACUCAUCCAGCGGCUGCAGAGAAGCAGAAAAUAAUCUUAUUUGAGUGCCAGGUCAUGGAGGGAGCACCAGGUGGUGAGGUUCAGAACGUCCUCUCUGUAGGCCGUCUCAUCAUUGCUGUGAAUCUACUCUUCAUGUUGACAUGUGAUGUGUCAUGUGACCAGACCGUGAGCUCAGAAUUCAUAAACGGUGAGUGGGGUGAAGCAGAACCUGCAGAUCAGCUCUGCCCACCUGGAAACAAACUCCAGCCUGCUGAGCGACUGCUCAGGAAAGUGGAUCUGCAUGUUUCUGGGUUUCAUCUGAACUGCUAUAGGAACUUUGUGCUGUUGUGCUUCUGUGAAUAUUUAAUGUGUUGACUUUUCUCUGCGAUGUCGUCUAUACCUCAUUCUCCCUCCAAUGCCACCGAGGAGCUGCAGUACUGGGGCUUCCUGGAGAAGCUGAUGGUCUCCACUCUGUCUACGGUUCCCUCCUGUGUGUUCCUCUACGUUAACGGGACCAUGCUGUUCUCUCUGAGGAGUAAGCCGGUGUUCUGUGAGACUCCUCGCUACGUCCUCCUGUAUAACCUCCUGUUUGCAGACACCGUGCAGCUGGCUCUGAGUCAGGUCAUGUUUAUUCUGGCUGUUUGCAGGGUGAAGCUGUCCUAUCCGGUGUGUAGCUGUCUCACUCUGCUCACUAAUCUCACCACUGUGAUCUCUCCCCUCACUCUGGUGUUGAUGUCUGUGGAGAGAUAUGUGGCUGUGUGUUACCCUCUGAGACACACCACCAUCAUCACCGUCAGGAACACAGCGGUGGCCGUCACCGCGGUGUGGGCCGUCAGUACACUGAACAAUCUCACUCGACUUCUCUUGUCUUUAUCGUUUCAGAAGUUGGGGAUUCUGCAGGUGAAAGAUCUCUGUUCUAAUUUAGCCAUGAUGCUUGGAUCUGUGUCUCUUGACUAUGACAGAGCCUUCACUGGUUUUCUGUUUGUGUCGGCCGGCGUGGCCAUCGCCUCCUCCUAUGUCGGCGUGGCAGCAGCAGCCAGGUCGGCCUCUGCAGACAAAACUUUGGCCCGUAAAGCUCGAAACACGUUGCUGCUGCAUCUGGUGCAGCUGGGCCUCAGUCUGUCCUCCACCAUCUACAACCCGCUGCUCAUCGCUCUGUCCACAGCCGUCACCAGGAUCGUGUUUGUGCGAGUCCAGAAUGUCUUCUACGUGUGCUUCGUCAUCUUAUCCCGAUGUCUGAGUUCGCUCAUCUAUGGACUCAGAGACCAGAGGAUCCGGCCCGUCCUCCUCGACCACCUCUGCUGCCGACUCGGACGUUCCGUGGUUCCGGCCAGCAGCUGAGAGAAACACUGAGGCAGGUUGAUAUGAAAAUUAUUCAUUUGUUAAUGUCGGUAUUGGUUGAAAGUCACUGACAAUCCUGUUAACGCUCUGAACUCCAGGCAGUUUUUUGGGUGUUUUCUGCUCCUGUCUUAUUAUUACUCACUGUGGGCUCAUUAUUUACUGCGAUCUAAAGUUAUAUGGAAACAAAGAGAAACUCAGAAAUGUCUUCUCUGCAGGGAGACACAGGUAGAAUGACGUUAUUUGUAAAUCAGGAAAAAAUCUGUUUUUCCAAAAAAUCUGGAUUCAACAUUAGCAAUGUUUUCCUUGAGUCCAGGGUCAGGGUUGAUUUUAUAGUUUUGUUGUUUUUAUGAGCCUCAUUGUUGUCAUAUUGUGAGGUUUUUGCUGUUUUAAGUCUCAUUUUAGUGGUUUUGUUUCCAGCUUUUGGUUGUUUUGUUGCCUCAUUUGUGUCUCGUUUGUGUUGUUUGAGAGUCUGGCCUCCAGUCGAAAACACGUGGCUGAUUUUAACAGGCUUCAUGAUUGUACUUUUCUGCUGCUUCAUGUCUUUACUGUGUUUUUGAGAACAUCGCUUCACAGAAACAAAAGUCUAAUUAAGCUGCAUUACAGUUCUAUUUACCUGUAGAGUGUUUAAAUAAAGCUGUACAGUCAGAACAUGAUUAGAAAUAAAGACAGACAGUGAAACUAAUGCAGGACGUGGAGGAGAAAGAAGCCGAUAAUUUAAUGACUAUUUCAGAAAAAAGGUGAAGGCUUUAAAUGUAAACCCUGACUGGAUUGUAAAUGUCAUGAAUGUAGCUGGAUUCUGUUGUCAGUCAAUAAUGUUGUUUCUCCAAAACCUUAUUUUCAGAACAAGUGCUACAGAUGUUCUAAAGUCUCUAAAACGUCACCAUUACGAGCACAACCGGCUUUUAUUUGACCUUAUUGUGUUUAUUUACUGUAACUUAUUUCAUUUUGUCAGUGUAAUAAAUUACAGUAAACAAUAAACAAGUGUUUCUAAAAUGUU